AUGACAUCCCCACCCUCCGCAAUGCAAACCCGCGUCGAGAACGCCGAAGCGCGCGAGCGCUACCUCAAAACCAACCUCAUCCGCUCUCAGCAAGAGCUCGCGCAAGCGAACAAGAAGAACGAAGACCUCGCGGCAAAGCUGGAAGCGGCGGAGAAAGAGCUUGCAGAGUACAAGCAAGCUGAGACCGAUCGCGAGAACGAGCGGAAGAAGGUCGAGGAUGACGGCAAGCAGUUGAUGGAAGCUCAAGCAGGGAGAUUGAGGGAAGCGAAGGCAGCGGGGGUGGUUGGAGGGAACAAGCGCAAGCAGUCUACGGUGAUACGCCUCUCGCACCCGCACUGA